AAGCAUCUGACAGUAAUAAUAAUGUGUGGACAGUAGUCUAUUUUAGUGAGCCUCUCACGAGUGCUUCAGUAUCUAUAAAUCUGCAGAGUUUCUUCCCUUUGGCCAAAACAGCCUUCAUCUGAGAGGAAACAAACAAACAAGCAAACAAAAAACGCUAAAAACAAAGCCACUAAAAUGUCUGAAGCUGUGUAAAAAAAGCCCAAGAUUUCUGCAUCUCGUCGGUUAUUUUUAAAGACAAAAAUAUUGAAGAAAGCCAGCAUAUUGUUGGCAGAGGAACAGGAACAGAAAAAGACUGACAGAGAGCAAGCGCUCAUUGAGAGAGUUCCUCCUCUCAAGCUGUCUGGAAUGUCCAUACAGGACAUACAGAAUCUGUGCAAAGAACUCCAUCAAAAAAUUGAUGCGGUUGAUGAGGAACGAUAUGACGUUGAAUCUAAAGUUGGCAAAAAUGAAAAGGAGAUUGCAGAUUUAAGCCACAAGGUCUUUGAGCUGAAGGGUAAAAUGAAGAGACCUGCCCUGAGGAGAGUGAGGGUGUCUGCUGACGCCAUGCUGGGGGCUCUGCUAGGGGCCAAACACAAGGAAUCCAUUGACUUUAAAGCUAACCUCAAGACAGUGAAGAAGGAGGAGGAAAAGAAAGAAGAGGUGACCGACUGGCGUAAAAAUGUGGAUGCUAUGUCUGGCAUGGAGGGCAGGAAGAAGCUGUUUGCAGGACCAAAUGCUCAAUGAAUUAUUUAAGAUUUGUUGUUUCAAAAAUUAAAAUCCAAUGUGAAAGCUAUUUAAACAUGCACAUAUUAAGCUGCUAUUUAAUUGUGGUUGUGUGUUUGUUUUAUUGCAUAAACAGCUGGAUGAAUGAAAAACAAAUGUAUGAGAAAUUAAAAAAGCUGUUCACAUUUAUCAGUUCAAAUAUUUAAACAUUAUGUGCUUUAUGACACCUUUAUUUAUUUGAAUAUAUGAUUACUAUAUAAUUGCAUUUUUCAUUACAUAAUAAUGCUUAUAUUGUAAUAAUAUUAUAUGUGAUCAGUUGUGUGAAUAUUGAGGAACAAUAAAGCUAUCACUGUUUUCACCAGUA